AUGCCUAUCAAUGGCACCGGCCGUAACGCCAACAGGCGGCUUCCAUCAUGGCUCACUUCAUCUCCUCUGCCGCCUUCGGAUGCCCAGAAAGAGCGUCACCAACCAAACGACAAAAUCAUCAGCGAUCCCGCUUCCGACAUUCUCAUCGACUUCAAUUCGAGCAAAGGAUUUUACGAAGCCGCGAAGAAGAGCAAGAAAGCAAAGCCUCCAACCGCUCCUCCUCCACCGCCGCCACCCCCUGCUGCUCCCCCGGCAGAUGACGGCCAGAAGGAUGAUAUGAAUGGAAGUGGCGGAGGAGCGAGCGGAGGCAGUGCCGCGGGCGGCGCAGGUGAUGGCGAUGGCAGUAAUGGUGGAAGCGCACCACCGAAGCCUCCUACGACUUUCGAUAAUAUCAGCCUCGGAGCAAGCAAAUUGGAUCUCGGACUCAGCCCUCCAGAAAACAAGAGCAUAUCCAGCUGGGGCGCAAAAUUGGGAUUCGGUGGUGGUGGGUGGGGUUGGGGAGGGGGAUCGAAGAAUGAACCACAACCAGCACCAACGCCGCCGCCGCCAGAAUCGAAGGCCGAAGAUAAUCCUUGGGACAAACCGAAAGGCAGCACAGGCGACUUGGGGAUGAAAGAUGACGAUGAUGCUUGGGGAUUCGGAACCAAAAAGGACAAGAAACCAUCAGCGCUAUGGGGUGCCGAGCCCGAGGAGGAACCUAAGGAAGCUGGGGAUCCUUGGGGCUGGGGUAACCAAAAGAAGAAGGGGAAGCCAGGUGGCAUCUUGGAGGAACUUGCCCUCGACACUGAACCCGAAGGCCCGCCUGGUGGAAAGAAGGAUAUAUGGGACACUUGGGGAAUAUCUAAAAAGGAUCGGGCGAAGAAGAAAGGUAUCAUGGAGGAGGUUGCCUUGGCGGCUGCCCCGGAUCCCCCCUCAAUGGACGACCAAUGGGGUGGUGGUUGGUCUGGCAAGAAGGACCAAUCGCCACAGGAUUCCCUUUGGGGACCCCAGGACCCAAUACCUGCUGUUCCUGAUCCUCCAUCAUUUGAGGAUAAGGAUGGUGAUGACUUUUGGAGUACCUUCGGCUCAGGCAAAACAAAACCCGUGGAAGAUAACCCAGGUGGAUGGGGUUCGUGGGGAAUCAGUAAGACAGGUGAGGAUGAAACAAGUGAGUCAAAUUUCUAUAACGCUCAUCGAAUCCCAGAGCCGCCUAAGAUAGAAGACGACGGUCGGGAUCUGUGGGGAACAGGUAAGAAAAAGAAGAAAGCUGGCGACUUGAUUCAAUUAGAAGAUGAGAUUCCUCCUCCAGCCCCAGAUCCCGUCGAGGCUGUUGACACCGGCGACUUCCUCGAUUCUUGGGGAUUUGGCAAAAAAACCAAGAAACCGGCCGCCGACCCGUUCGAUUUUAAAACUUCCGACGCAAAUGAUCCUAACCAUGCUUUUUGGGGUUCAAUAGACACGAAGCCUGGCGCACACGAUUUCCUUAUCGAUACCACCGACCCGGAGCAAGCCGCCCGAGAAGCCGAGGAGCGAGCUGCUCGUGAAGCGGAGGACGCUGAAGCCGCACGCGAAGAUGAGGAGAUUGCGAGUCUUGUAGAAAAGAAGGCAAAAAGAGGAGGGAGACUUCUCAAGUCAGAUCGCGAACGACUUGCGGUGCUCGAAGGCAACGCUGUUAGAAGAUCCGAAGCUCGGGCAGCCCGGGAAGCCGAAGCCGCUGCCGCUGCUGAGGCUGCCCAAGCAGAAGCGCAAGCAGUGGUCGACGCCCAGGCAGCUGCAGAAGCCGAAGCAGCCGCUUUGCAAGCUGCGGAAGAUGCUGAGGUAGCUAAGGAAAAUGAAGAAAUUGCGCUAUUACUAGCGAAAAAGCAGAAGCGAGGAGGCAAGUUGCUUAAAAAGGACCAGGAGCGCCUGACUCUGCUUGAAGGUAAUGUUUCUCGAAGAGCUGAAGCCCAGGCUGCGCGUGAGGCUGAAGCUGAAGCUGCUGCUGCUGCUGCCGAUGCAGCGGCAUUCGAGGUUAUUAACGACAUCCCUCUUGACGAGGCACCUCCUCCCGAGUCUUCUGAGCAAGACGCUGCAGCGCAAGCAGCUGCAGAAACAGAAGCAGCACUGGCCUCUGAAAUAGCACAUGAAGAGGCUGAAAUGGAGAGUCUCAAGUUGAAGAAGGCCAAGAAAGGCAAGCUAAUAAAGAAGGACCAAGAACGACUUAAUAUUCUCAUAGAUAACGCAGCAAAGCGAGUCGAACAAGCUGCAGCCAAAGAGGCAGAGGAACAGGCAGCCAAGGACGCUGAGGAUGCCGCCGCGGCCGCCGCCAUAGAGGCUGCUGAGGCCGAAUCAGCAGCCCAAGCUGCAGCCGAGGUCGAGGCCGCAGCUCAGGCUGCAUUGGAUGCUGAGGCAGAAGAAGCAGCCAAGGAAGAGGAGGAAAUGGCUGCUCUGAAAGCCAAAAAGGCUAAAAAGGCGAAGCUCACUAAAGUUGAAACAGCUCGCCUAAUGGCUCUAGUCGGCAGCUCGGUCAAACGUGCCCAAGCAAAGUCCGCUAAAGAGGCUGAAGAAGCUGCUGCAGCGCAGGCUGUCCGUGAAGCUGAGGAGUCUGCAAUCCGUGAGGCUGAGGAGAAGGCUGCUCGUGAAGCUGAAGAAGCAGCCGCUCGUGAGGCUGAGGCGGCAAUCGCUGCCGAAGAAGAGAAGGAGCUUGCAGCCUUGGAUGCCUUAAAAACCAAGCGAGGUGGUAAUUUGAUCAAAAAGAAGGACGUAGAUCGUUACAACGUCCUUACCCAAAGAGUCGCCGAACGAGCAGCCAAGAACGCUGAAGCUGCUGCCGCCGAGGUUGUGCAGGCAGAAGCAACCCCUGAAAUCUCAGAUGAACCAACCGGACCAACCCCUGAGCCAGUACCCGAGGAUCCACCAGCGGACGCUGAUGCUGCACCUGUAGAACCAGAGCCUUUACCAGGACCAGAUGCCACGGUUAUCGCAGCGGAAGACGCAGAGCUGGCGAGUCUAGAUGCGAAGAAAGCGAAGAAGGGCAAGCUUGGCAAGAAAGACACAGAUCGGUAUAACCUUCUCAACGAAAAUGCCGUUCAGCGACAGGCCGCCAAAGAAGCCGAGGAGAAUGCUGCACGAGAGGCUGCUGAAGCCGAAGCUGCAGCCGCUGACGAGGCAGCAGCACAAAUCACCGAAGCUGAAGCUUUAACAGCAAGCGAAGCUGAGGCUAUCCUUAUUGCCGACGAAGAGGCAGAGCUGGCCACUCUUGUUGCCAAGAAGGCUAAGAAAGGGAAGCUAAUCAAGAAGGAUCUGGAACGAUUUAACAUUCUAACGGAGAAUGCCGCACAACGACAAGCUUCGAGAGAGGCAGAAGAGGCAGCUGUUGCCGCCGCUGCGGAAGCUGAGGCACAGGCUGCUAAAGACGCAGAAGAAGCUGCUGCAGCAGAAGCCGCCGAAGCAGAAGUCUCAGCGGCUCGUGAAGCUGAGGCCAUUGCCAUUGCUGAAGAGGAAGCCGAGCUAGCUGCAUUAACGACAAAGAAGGCCAAGAAGGGCAAGCUUAUUAAGAGAGAUGCCGAACGAUUUGCAAUCUUGACUGAAAAUGCAGAAAGGCGAGCUCAGGAAGCAGCAAUAGUCACUGAACAGCCUGAAGAUUCAACGACUAUACCCGAAGUAGAAGCCGAGGAAACCCCCCCAGAACCUCCAGUGGAUGAGUUACCUGUUGAAGGUGAUAAUCCUGAUGCAAAUGCAACUGCUAUCGCUGAAGAAGAGGCUGAGCUUGCUGCUUUGGUAGCUAAGAAAGAGAAGAAAGGUAAACUUGGGAAGAAGGAUACUGACCGCUUUAAUCUUCUUACUGCAAACGCAACCACUCGGGCAGAGAAAGCAGCCGAGGAGGAAGCCACUGCCGCUGCUGCCGCUGCCGAAGCUGAAGAGGCUGCCGCUGCCGAGGCCGCUGCUAUAGAGGAAACCGCCGCUCGAGAGGCUGCCGAGGCGGAGGCUGCAGUUAUUGCUGAGGAGGAAGCUGAACUGGCUGCCCUGGUCGCCAAGAAGAACAAGAAAGGGAAGCUUGGCAAGAAGGAUAGCGAUAGAUUUGCUGUCCUUACUGAGAAUGCUACCCAAAGAGCUGAGAAGGCUGCCGAAGCAGUCGAAGUUGAACCUGAAGCUGAACCCGAACCUGAACCCGAGCCUGAGCCUGAGCCUGAGCCUGAGGAAGAGGCUCUUCCUGAAGUUGAGGACCCUCUUGUGGAUGAGUUCGAUGACGCUGCUGCUUCUGAAGCUGAUGAUGAAGAGGCCGCCAUUGCUGCUGAGGCUGCUGCUAUCGCUGCUACCAUCGCUGCUGAGGAGGAAGAAGAGAUGCAAGCUCUUAUUGCCAAGAAAAAUAAGAAGGGCAAACUAGGCAAGAAGGAUAGCGAUCGGCUGGCCGUUCUUGCCGAUAAUGCUGCCCAGAGAGCUGAGAAGGCUGCUCAGGAAGAAGCUGCUGCUUUAGCUGAGUCUGAAGUCAUUGAAGAUCCCCCUGCAUAUAUUGAAGAACCAGCCCCUGAAGAUGCUCCAGAGGCACCGCCGGAAGAGGAAGCGCCCCCCGAAGAGCAUGAUGCCGCCGCCGCUGCCGAGGAACAAGAGUUGGCAGACUUAGAUGCAAAGAAGGCAAGGAAAGGCAAGCUGGGUAGAAAGGAUACCGAUCGUUAUAACGUCUUGACCGAGAAUGCUACUAAACGAGCCGAGGAACAAGCUGCUAAAGAAGCCGAUAAGGCUGCUGCUGCAGAGGCUGCUGCCGCCGCAGAAGCCGAAGAGAUAGCUGCAAGAGAGGCCGCAGAAGCUGAUGCAGCUAUAGCAGCUGCAGAGGCUGAAAAGGAAGCUGCAAAAGUUGAAGCUGAAGCGGUGAUUGCGCAAGAAGAAGAGGAACUAGCUGCACUCGAAGCUAAAAUGGAAAGGAAGGGCAAACUAGGACGCAAGGAUACUGACCGCCUGAAUGUUCUUAUGGACAGCAAGGCCGCUAGAGAUGCCCAGGCUACCGAGGAGCAAGCUGCCCAAGAAGUUGAAGAAGCCGCUGCAAGAGAGGCUGCUGAAGCCGAGGCUGCUGCCGUUGCUGCCGAAGAAGAAGCUGAACUGGCUGCAUUAACUGCUAAAAAGACAAGAAAGGGCAAGCUGGGACGUAAAGAUACGGAGCGAUUUGAUCAGCUAGCAUCAAAUGCUGCCCAACGAGCCGAAGAACAAGCUGCUCGCCAAGCUGAGGCUGUUACCGAGGUGGACCCUGCCGAAGAAGAAAUAGCCCCAGUAGAAUUCGAAGAACCCGAAGAACCAACUCCUGACGUCGAGGAACUUGUCGAAGAGGUUCCUGAAGAUCCGGCUCCCGACGUUGACGAUGAAGCCGCUGCUAUGGCUGCUGAAGAAGAGGCCGAGCUUGCGUCUCUUGAAGCAAAGAAGGCGCGCAAAGGAAGACUUGGGAACAAGGAUACACAACGAUUCAACUUUCUGACCGAGAAUCUUGCGAAACGCGCCGAAGAGAAAGCCGCUAAGGAAGCUGAAGUCCAGGCAGCAGCAGCAGAAGCAGCAGCAGAAGCAGCAGCAGAAGCAGCAGCAGAAGCAGCAGCUGAGGCUGAAGCUGAGGCUGAAGAAGCUGUAGUUGAGGAUGCACUAGAAGAUGCUGCCGAAGACAAUGAUGAAGAUACUGCCGCACGAGAGGCUGCCGAAGCUGAAGCCGCUGCCGAAGCCGAAGCCGCUGCUGUUGCAGCAGAAGAAGAAGCCGAAUUAGCUGCGCUUGUCGCUAAGAAGACUAGAAAGGGCAAGCUCGGUAGAAAGGACACCGAGCGGUUUGAUGUUCUGAACGAGAACGUAGCCAGGCGUGCGGAGGAGCAGGCUGCUAAGGAAGCCGAGGUCGAGCUCGAAGAACCAGCUUUUGAACAGACUGAAGAUGCUGCCGAACCCGAGCCCGAGGAGAAUCCCGGCGAUGAAGACGCUGCUGCGAAAGAAGCCGCCGAGGCAGAGGCGCAAGCUAUUGCUGCAGAGGCGCAAGCUAUUGCUGCAGAGGCGCAAGCUAUUGCUGCAGAGGAAGAGGCAGAGCUUGCUGCUUUGAACAAGAAAAAGGCAAAGAAGGGUAGGCUAGGUCGUUCAGAUACAGAACGGUUCAAUAUCCUGAUGGACAACGCAGCAAAACGUGCUGAGACGCAGGCAGCUAAGGAAGCAGCAGAGGCAGCAGAGGAGGCCCCUCCUGCUGAAGAGGAAGAGGAUGACGAAUUUGUCGAUGCCGAAGAUGAAUUGGCUGAGGAGCAUGAGCCUGAAGCUGAGGAAGCUGCUGAACCCGAUGGAGAGGAUGCCGCCGUCGCUGCCGCCGCCGCGGAGGCGGAGGCAGAGGCACAAGCUGCAGCUAUUGCUGAAGAAGAGGCUGAGUUGGCAUCGCUAACUAAGAAGAAGAUUAAGAAGGGCAAAUUGGGUCGCAAAGACACGGAAAGGUUCCAGGUUUUGACAGAUAAUGCCGCUAGGCGUAAUGAGGAAGCCGCAGCCCGAGAAGCUGAAGAAGCCGCAGCAGCUGAGGUCGAACCAGAAGCUGAACCUGAGCCUGGACCGGAAGCUGAACUGGAAGCCGAGCCCGAAGUUGAACCCGAGCCUGAAGCCGACCAAGAGCCUGAAGAUGAUUCAAAUGAGAUCGAUGAAGCCGAACAAGCCGCAAUUGCUGAAGAAGAAGCAGCAGAGCUAGCAGCGUUGAUUAAGAAAAAGGCCAAGAAGGGUAGACUGGGCAGGAAAGAUACUGAAAGAUUUGAGAUCUUGACAGAAAACGCUGCUAGACGCGAAGAUGAGCGAGCUGCCAAAGAAGCUGCGGCUGCUGCUGCCAUUGCGGAAGCCGAAUUCGAAGCUGCCGAAGAGGAUCCUGAAGCCGAGGUCAUUGAAGAGGCCGAAGAGCCUGCUAAUGAGGAAGAGGGGGAGGAUCUCGCUGAAGCUGAGGAUGAAGAGGCCGCAGAUCGAGAAGCUGAAGAGACCGCGAUUGCCGAUGCUGAAGAAGAGGAGUUAGAGUCCUUGAAAGCCAAGCGGGCAAGAAAAGGCAGGUUAGGCAGAAAGGAUACAGAACGGUUCGCGGUCUUGGAAGAAAACGCGGCCCGUCGCGCUGAAGAACGUGCUGCCAAGGAAGCUGCCGCUGUGGAAGACGAACCCGACGAGCCUGUCGAAGACGAUGAACCGAAUGAAGAUGAAGAGGAGGAAGAGGAGGAAGAGGAGGAAGAGGAGGAAGAGAAGGAAGAGGAGGAAGAUGAAGACGAUGCUGCCGUUGAGGAAGAAGCAGCUCGAGAGGCGGAGGAAACUGCAGCAAGAGAAGCAGAAGAAGCUGCCACUGCUGAGGCUGAAGAAGACGAGCUCGAGUCACUAAAAGCCAAAAGGGCCAGAAAAGGCAGAUUAGGCAGAAAGGAUACAGAACGGUUCGCGGUCUUGGAAGAAAACGCGGCUCGUCGCGUUGAGGAACGUGCUACUAGGGAGGCUGCCGCUGCUGCUGAAGCCGAGGUAGAUGAAGUUGAAGAAGAAGAGGAAGAGGAAGAGGAAGAGGAGGAGGAGGAGGAGGAGGAGGAAGAAGAAGAGGACGACGACGAUGACGGUGAAGAGGAAGAUGAUGAAGACGGUGCCGCUGAUGAUGAUGAAGUAGCUGUUAGAGAAGCAGAGGAGGCAGCAGCUCGCGAGGCCAUAGAAGCUGCAGCCAGAGAUGCUGAGGCUGCCGCUAUUGCUGAGGCCGAGGAAGCAGAGCUUGAUUCUCUUCGGUUCAAGAAGUCAAGAAAGGGCAGGCUGGGCAGAAAGGAUACAGAUCGACUUAAAUUUCUUGAAGACAGCGCUGCAAAGAGGGCUGAAGAGCUUGCUGCAAAGGAGGCUGCUGCUACUGCAGAAGCCGAGGUUGACAAGGCACCUGAAGAAGAGGAAGACGAAGAGGAAGACGAAGAGGAAGACGAUGAAGAUGCCGCUGAGGAGCCAACUGAAGUCGCAAAUAACGACGUUGCUGAAGAGUCUGAUCAAGAAGAGGUUGAGGCUGCCCCUGAAGAAGCCCCUGAAGAAGUUGAAGCUGAAGCGCCUAUGGACGACGAGAUUGUUGAAGUCAUUGACUUGUCGCCAAAGAAGGACAGAAGGAGCAGAAAGAGCAGAUCCCGACGCGAUGCUCCUCCACCGCCAGCGGUUCCAGAUCCUCCAUUGACGCCUCCACCUGAGCCGAAGCAGUCUCGAAGACCAAAACUUACCCGCGAAGGGGCGCCAUGGGGCAAAUGGGGAGCGACUCCGCGUGAAGAACCAGACGAGUACUAUCAGGAGAAGUCAAGCAGGCACAGAAGACGGGAGGAAAAGACAUCAUCGAAGGGGUCUUCGUCCGACAAAGUUGAGAAGAAUUCUAGGACGGCUGCUCCAUUCGGCAAACCAUCUCUUUCACGCUCAGCUUCGACUCGCGAGAGAAGAGAUGGCGUGAGCAGCAAGCGCCGUCAUUCUGAAGCCGCUCGUGGAAUUGUUUCACCGCCCCCUGAAGAGAUGCUUGUGCACGAAGAGCCAGGCAGUCGCCGCAAAUCUCGUAAACCACGAUCCCGUGAGGAUGAUGAUGCUAUGAUGUCUGGCGCUGCCCCUGUGCCAGAGAGAUAUGAGCGCCGUCACUCACAGAAGACUCGAUCGCGCGAAGACGACGAUGUCAUCAUGGUUGAUCCUGACCUCGCAAAUGAUAGACGCGAGCGCCGCCGGUCCCAUAAAACAAGAUCCCGCGAAGACGAAGAUAUGGCCAUGGCGGAUGAUAUAAUCACGCCUGGCUUGCGCGAUCGUCGCCGCCGAGAUAGAAAAUCUCGGGACGAGGAACCUGUUAUGGUGGAACCUGACGUUCCCACUGAUCAUGCUCUGCCACGAGGUUCAAAGAAGGGCUUUGCUGGCCUCUUCAGUGGCCUGAGAACACCCAAGAACGAGCGUCCCGACCCUCUCCGACGUCGCAGUACAUACGCGACAACUGACGAUGAAGCCCUGCGCACUGCGAGAAUGGAUGGUGACGCAGUAAUCGUUGAUGCCGACCGAGAAGCAAGACGGGCUGCACGCAAAGCUAAACGAGUCGAUCCUGAAGAAGAAGCGCGUAGGGCCAAGGACGAGGCGCGCCGAGAGCGACGUCGACAACGUGAGAAGGGGGCGGAUACUCAAAGGCAGGAUCAAGACACACGCAGGGCCGAGCGUCGUGCUGCUCGACAACGUGGCGAAGAGGAAAGACGAGCUCAAGAGGAGCAGCAAGCAGAGGAGGAACUGCAGCGAGCACAAGAAGCGAAGGAAGCCCAAAGAUCAGAGCGUAGGCGCUUACGUAGAGAACAAGAGGCUGCAGCUGCCGCGGAGCAAGAGGAACAAGAAGCCCGUCGAGCUGCGAGACGCGAGCGCCGGCGACCUCGACCGGUCGAUCCAUCCGAAGAUGAGCAUGAGCGUCGUCGUCGUCGAGAAGCCAAAAGAGCCGCUCGAGCUACUGAUGAAGCUGAAGGUCAUCAGCGAAGGCCACGACGACAUGAGGAGAUGCAGCAGCCAGCUUGGCCACAUCUCGGAACCUCUUCGUGGGUUCAAGAGCACGUUGAUGCACCGCCCCCGCCAGAUCUUCCCCAAGCUGGUGAUGCCAGCGGAGAACAAGACGAGGAUGACGAGAUGGCACGGCGUGAAGCUCGACGAGCUCAACACCGAUCCAAGUAUUCCGACGAGACGCCAGAUGAGGCUGAAGAAAGGCGAAAGCGACGAGCAAGACGUGAAGAACGGGAACGAGGUGGUCGCCAUCGCGACAGGCGAUCUGAAGGUAGCGAUGAACGACACCAUACCCGCCGACCUUCAAACGUCGUGGAUACGGCAGCGGCUCCUCGCACGAGUUGGUGGAAGAAGAUCAAGAGAUGA